AUGAUCUUCAACCCAGAUCCCGAUAUUUUACUGCUUGCCGUCUCUUAUUUUGAUGGCGAACUUGCCAUUAUUGACCCAUUUGCAAAGCAACAGCUGGGAUGCAUUCGUAAGCAUUGCCAGUCUCUCGCCGCGAGCCCUGAUGGACGCCUCCUGGCAGCCGGUGACACGCAGGGCAUUAUCGACCUGUUUGAAUUCAAGACACUCAAAUUACUGUAUCGACUAAAGGGCUACAACUCGUACAUAAAGCAACUCAGUUUUGCCAGGGAUGGUCUGCUUUUAUCCGACAUCAGAAGCUCGCAGUGCACGAUCUGGGAGCCGGCGACCGUGCUGCAAGACUUUUCAAAGAACGACAGUGCCCUCGGCACGACGUUGUCAUCUGUUGAGCGUCCUGAUUCGGCAAUAGAAGGUCGAAUCACAUCCUUAGUCCCCCACCCCUCGGGUGAGAUCAUCUUCGCAGGCAAGAACAAUGGCGAAGUCAUGGUUUGGAGGCUCUCCUAA